AUGGAAGUUGGUGGGAGGGACAGAUCGAGAAGACUCAUCAUCAGAAGGAAGGAAGGAAGGAAGUACACACGCAGGGCCAGACAAAACUUCGGCAAAGAAAUGGUGGACCAGCACAAUGUAGUACGUAAGUCAUUGGGGUUAGGGCCUUUGACAUGGAAUGAGACGGUGGCAGGAUACGCACAGAGAUAUGCGGAUCAGAGAUCUGGGGAUUGCCAACUCGUACACUCACAAGGACCGUAUGGGGAGAACCUCUACUGGGCCUCUGGCUCUGCUGAGUUAGAGACUGCCGCAGCUGCCGUGAAGGCAUGGGUAGAUGAGAAGAGCGACUACGAUUAUGCCACCAACACCUGCGUCAAUGGCAAGAUGUGCGGGCACUACACCCAGGUUGUGUGGAAGAACUCCCAACAACUCGGCUGUGCCUCCGUCAAAUGCUCCGACAAUGCUUACUUGUCCGUCUGUAGUUAUUACCCUCCUGGGAAUUACAUUGGAGAACGCCCUUACUAA